CAAUAAAUAUAGAAAGAAGAGAAGACAAAGAUUUAUAACUCACCUCUUCAUCCAAGCAAUAAAUAAACACAAGCGUAUGAAAUAGUUUAUUCUCAAACAACAUCAAUUCCUUUCUAUAUUUGUUUUCUUUCUCUCAUAUUCACAUUCUUGUGCAACUCAAGAAAUUGCAUCAGCCAUUGAAGUCUUGUUCACAAGCUUUUGCAAAGGAAGAGAGUGUGUUGAUUUGAUUCCUGGGUCAAGUCAUUUUUCUGAGAAACUAGUUUCAUGAUACUCAAAGAUAUCAUGGAAGAAAAGCAGCUAAACUUUAAUCAGCCACUUUUAUCAGUAAGGAGGUUAUCUUCAACAGUGGCUUCAGAAACUGACAAAACACAACCAAAUCUUCCUGCAUACAAAUCAGAGUUGAAGUCAGGUCCAGAGAGGGAUGCUGGAAAAGUUCCCUUUGUGUGGGAGAAAACUCCAGGAAGACCAAAAGAUGAAACCAAAUUACACACUCAAGCUGUGAAGAACCCUCCUAUUAUUACUCCAAACCUUCCACCUGGGAGGAUUUCAAAAGUACUUAAGAAACAAGAUUCAGAUACUGAGAUGAGAACAGGAAGCACCCUUUCCAGGUCUCAAGAUGUGGCAGCUUUGAUUAGAGAAGUGACAAAACAUGUGAGCAGCUUAGAAGAGAAAAUUCGGGCGGAGAAGGAGAGUUCUGAUUCAGAUGAUGAUGGAGAUGAGACUUUUCUCGAUGCUCUUGAUACACUUUCCAGGACUGAAUCAUUCUUCAUGAGCUCUCGUAUGAGCGGAUGGGACGGUGAUGAUGAUGAAGUGGUCCAAGUCCAACCUUCUGGAAGUUUCUCGAGUGAUCGAGCACGCGAUUUCAUAAUCGACAGGUUCUUGCCUGCUGCAAAGGCAAUGACAUCUGAAACACCUCAAUAUUCUUCCAGAAAGACACUUGUUGGACAAGAACAGCACAAAAAGAAAGCUGUGAAUACAGAAAAAAGGCCUCCUCCUCUUAAUCAGCACAGGCCAAAAUCUCUGCGGUAUUACACACAAGAUAUUGAUAGGGAAGGAAGUGAAGAUGAAAGUGAUGAUUGCAAUGGAUCUGAGAACUACAGAACCACAGCAUGUGGGCUAUUUCCUCGGUUGUGCCUUUUGAAUCCAAUACCAGGAUCAAGAAUGGUAGUGGAUAAGGUUCAAGGCAAUGUAGGUCGUGGAAUGCAAACAAAAUCAAUUGCUUCUGACUUUGAAACUACCAAAGGGCGUGCUAAACCUCCUUAUUAUGGGAAAAAGUCACUAGAUUCCAGGUCUGAUUUCACAAAAGAGAAAGAGAUUUUGGGUAUUCUUGGAAAAUCUAAACCUGGCACUGAUCCACAUCUAUUAGCCUGCAGUGAGAGUACUCGACGCGAAACUAGCUAUGAGACCCCUAAUGUUGAGAAAACUCUAUAUGUAGAUUCUGUACAAAAGGUUAAGUCUGAAACCAAUCACAGAGGGAGUGAUUUUGAGACUUCGAUAAGAGAUAGUGGCAUUUAUCAAAAUCCUUUAAUAGAUUCUUCACUUGAGAAUAGCAGACGGUUGGAUAUUGCAAAUGUGAAGGCAGCAUUACAACCUAAAAGUUCAGAGUCUCUUGAUUCACCUUUCCUUUGUUAUGAAAAUUCUAGCAAUGGUAUGCAAAUGGGAAUGGAAAACCCUUCCAAGGAAAUAGACUCAGAAAAGCAAAGGAUGACAAAGACUGGCAACCAUGGAAGUGACUUAGAUCAAGACUUGGUUAUGACUUCAGGUUUAAAGAGCCAAGGAAUUGCAAAAUCUAUUGAUCAAGAGUACACUUUGGUUAGCUCAAAGGUGAGUGGUGGUGAGAAAAUUGACUUAGAAAGCCAAUGUGUUGAGAAUUUAGACCAUACAUCUGAUGAUGCAAACUAUUUUGAGAUUCCUCUUGUUCUUCCUUCACUAAAAGCUCCAUCAGAGUCUUGGCUUAAGCGAACCUUACCUACCAUUUCCUCAAGGAACAUUCAUUCACAAUCUAACCUUGCAAGAAGUCAAACUCCCAAGACAGAAUCACUGUAUACUCAGUGGGAAACAAUUGUUAAAUCUUCCAAUGUACAUCUGCAGCUCCAUGAGGAACUACUUACACCCAUUCCAGAAGAUUGAAUUCUUUGGAGAGAAAGCUUUGAUAAUUUGGCUGAUUGCUGAAAUGUACAAGUUUUUGGUUAUGUAAUUUUUGCAUCAGUGCUCUGUACCCAUCCUUUUGGUUGGUCCCUUUUUGCUCAUGUAUCCAUUAGAUGGUAUAUAACUCUGAAACUGUAAAUCGCAAGUGCCUUUAGUCUCUUGUAAAUGUAAUAAGUUGUUUCAAUAAAAAAGUUGCCUGUAAAUUCCAUCAAUCUUUAAUGUGAUUUGUUCCUGGAAAUUCAGGAAUUUAGGCCAGAGUCUAUUCCCUUAGUUACCCAAAAAAUAAUUGUAGCUCCCAAAUUAAAGAUGCUGCAAAG